UACCGCCUUCCUGACGAAACACGUGGUGAAGAAAAGACGUUCAGAUCUUGAAAUUUAUUUUAGACGUCUUAAAUAAGAAAAAUACCUCAUAACAAUGGAAACCAAGGAUGAUGCAAGUAAGUCAAAUAGCGAGGAUGAUGUUAAAGCGAAGGAAGAGAAGCAGGACGAUCCAGAGAAGGCACAAGAAACUCAAGAGACAGCCGACUCUUCGUCGGUAGAACCCACUUCAGAGUUACUCCAGCAAAUUCGCGAACAAGUUGAGUUUUAUUUCGGGGAUGUAAAUAUGCAACGGGAUAAGUUUCUAAGAGCACAGACAAGAUUGUCCGAUGGCUGGAUUCCGAUGUCUGUCAUGCUGAGAUUUAAGAUGUUAGCAGCUCUGAGCACUGACAUGGAUGUGAUCUUGAAAGCGCUUGAAUCCAGCGAGCUGAUGGAGAUCUCGGAAGAUAGAAAAAGUAUUCGCCGUUCUUUAAAACAUCCGUUGCCAGUGUACGACGAGGAAUAUAAAAAGGCUCAAGAAGCCAGGACGGUAUAUGUUAAAGGUUUCCCGCUUAAAGAAACUACGAUUGAGGAACUGAAAAAAUUCUUUGGAUCGUUUGGGCCUUAUGAAAGUGUUUAUAUGAGGAAAUACCAAGAUAAGGAGAAAAAUUUGCACUUUAAAGGAUCUGUCUUUGUCCAGUUUUCUACUAUACAAACUGCCAAAGAGUUUAUGGAGAAAGAGUCCAUAAAGUAUGGAGAAAAUGAGCUUAUUAAGAAAUGGGUAGUCGAUUACACAUUGGAGAAAUUAAAAGAACGAGAUGAAAGAAGGCUCAAAAAGUCUGAGAAAAAAGAAAAAAUUAACAAUGACAAAGAAGAUUCUAAAGAAGAAGAACAGGAAACUGAAAAUGACAGCGGUUUGCCUAAAGGUUCCAUUCUCCAUAUUUCCGGAAUGUUGCCUGACUGUACAAGGGAAAACAUCAAGGAAACUUUGAUAGAGGCUGGUGCUGUCGUAGCGUUUAUUGAUUUUAAGAAAGGUGACUCCAAAGGCUGGGUACGUCUUCAAGGAGAGGAUGCUGCUAAACCUUUUGUGGAAAAGAUGAUAGAUAGUAAGAUAACCAUCAGUGGAGCAGAAGUCACUUGCCGUGUUCUUGAAGGAGAUGAAGAAAAAGAUUAUUUAAUAAAGGUUAAGGAAGAAAUGAAGAAUGUCAGGCAAAAGCUUAACAAUAGGGGAAAGCGUGGUGUUAAAAAGAAUCGUGGUGGACAAAAGGGUAAUAGGAAACGACGAAAUAGUCUCACCUCGGAUGAAAUUCCUGAAAAGAAGCGGCUGAAUGAGUAAUACAGCAAAAUAAUUCUUAACGGUGAUGCUCUAGACGUCACAACUAAUUAAUUAUACUUGCAAAUGUUUAUACAGUACUUCGAGCUAUGCUUUAUUGGAAUUCACUUACUUGACAGACAGUGGUUUCAUACAUGAUCUUUAUUUUGGGGUACAUCCUCAACAUCCUUACAUAAUUGUGCACUUUCUUAAUUUUAUUAAUUUAAAAAAGAAAGCAAAGGAAAAUCAGUCAUAACUUACUACUGACUGAGGAACGAACAUAAUUGUUAUAAGAUGAAAAUAUCACCUAGUACUGUGUGUAUUUGUUUUGUCCUAGUUGGAUUAGGACAUCAAAAAAUGUUUAACAGUUAACGAUAAAUUAGUCAUUUUUCGAUAGUAUAGCGUAAGACUAAAGUUACAAGAAAUAAAACAUUUUAACUAAAA